AUGUAUAACCCUGAUUUUAGUGCUUUCCGUAAAUACCUAAAUGAUGUGGAUUGGUUUGUUGAUGCCAAGUAUGAGAUAUUUCUAGCAGUCUUGCAUCAUGCCAUGGAUCUUUUCAUUCCUUAUAAAAGACACUCUCGGCCGGUGUCUAAACUUCCUCCAUACCUCUCUUCUAUGUCUAGAAGAAGGGAUCAUCUCUGGAAUUCAGCUAUAGAUUCUCAGUCAUCAGCGGAUUGGCAAAGGUAUCAGUUAUUCGAUAAAAGGUACACAAAUAAAUUGAACAAGUAUUACACUUAUGUUGAGAAGAAACUAUUAUCUAAAGGUGGUGUUAAAGCUUUUUAUUCAAUCCUCAAUUCAAGACUCUCCAGCCAACCUUGUGUUGGUACUUUAUCCGAUAAUUCUAGAAGGGCAAUAACUAAUCAAAGUAAAUCUGAAUUAUUAGCUGAUGCCUUUGUGAAGACAUUUGUUUCUCCUCAUCCUACAAAAUUAACUUUACCGAAUUCGAAAUUUGUGUCCUCUGAUCCAGCCCCUUGGUUUUAUAAAGAGGAUAUAGCAGAUAUGUUGCUCGAUUGGUCAUCGUCUGCCGCUACGAAUCCAGAUGAUCUCCCAUAUCUGGUUGUGAAGCAUUGCAUCCAUGAAAUCACUGAUGAUAUCAAAAUUUAUAAAGAGACUUGUGAAGACGGUGCUGAUAUUCAUCUUCAAACGGCUAUUGAUAAG